AUGCCAUAUUCUUCAACUUCAUCCAUCCGCAACAACUUUAAGUAUGAUGUGUUUUUGAGUUUUAGGGGCGAAGACACUCGUUCGAGCUUUGUGGAUAAUCAUUAUUACACUCUUCAGCAGAAAAACAUUCACACAUACAAGGACGAUGAGGGAAUCAAGAAAGGGAAAAGGAUCAGUGAUGAGCUCAUCAGAUCGAUUGAAGAGUCCAAAUUUUACAUCAUUAUUUUCUCCAAGAACUAUGCCUCUUCUUCUUGGUGCUUAGAUGAGCUUAUGAAGAUAAUGAAAUGUCACCAGACUACAGAGCAUACUGCUUACCCUAUCUUCUAUGAUGUUGAGCCAUCUGAAGUCCGCAGACACAGUAGGACAGUUGAAGAAGCCUUUUCCAAGCACAAAAUGGAAGAGGCUUCUGGGAAAUGGAGGGAGGCACUUAAAGAAGCAGCUGAUCUUGCUGGGUGGGAGUUAAAGAACACUACUGAUGGGUAA